AUGGAUAGGCUGAAGAACUCCAUCGCCAAAUGGAACACAUCAACCAUUAUAGAGAAAAUCAUCUCUCAUGUUGUGCCAUGGUUUGCUGGUGAAGUUGUUGACGCAGAUGGCCUUGAGAUGGACGGCGAUGAUGAGAAUACGGAGAUGGUGAUUAGGAUGUGGAAGGGAAGAAGAUGA